GUGCAGGACCAGCCGAAGAUGACCGAAUUGCGGGCGCCGACCGCUGAGACGGACACCGACCUCCGACUGGUCGCAGCCACCUGCCACGCCCUGGAGAAGGCCAACCUGCGCGGCUUCAAACUGCGGGUCUCUGCCCUGCGCCGGCUGGCGCGUGCCAACGGCUCCAGUCUGCGUGAGCUGACGCUGCCGGCCGGUAUCAACGACUGGCAGCUGGAGGCGCUGCUGGAGCCGCUGAAGGCUCUGGAGCGGCUCGAUGUGAGCCCGCCUGUGGAAAGCUCCGGCAAGUGGCUGCGGCUGCUGCCCAAGUCGCUGAAGAGACUGGACAUCACUGGAUCCGGGAUGACUGAAACGCCGGUGGAUCACCCCCGAUGGCCGACGUCUGGACUGGAUGUUGUUAUACGGCUAGCGACGGACACACUUCUGGACCAGCUGGCUGUUUUGGCGACCCACACAGUCACAGGACUGGCAAUAGUUGACUCACCUUUCGUGACACCGGAAGCGACGGUACGCCUCCUGGCUGCCCUCAUCAGCUUGAAGGACGUCACUUUUAUCGGAUCCGGCGUCAUUUGCGACACUGUGCUAGCCGCCCUCCACGUCUGCUGCCAGCUGGAUACGGUGCAGCUCAAAGACACCCGGCCCCUCACGGACAUCCCUGCCCUGACCCAGUCAGAGGUGGCAGCGGUCAGCAGGAUGGCAGUGACCUGCAGGAAACUGAAGACACUGUUAAUUGGAUCCUCAACUGAAAACUACCAGGCCGUCCUGACCGCCCUGCACGAGACAGACCUGGGAUGUGACAGUGGCCAGUCCCGUACCAUCGAUUUCAAGGUCCCAAAGUCUGUAUACGACAAGCUUACCAAGCCUCCCAAACGCAGCAAAAUCUCUUUGAAGUACUUUGGCUAGACGACUAUCUUCCCGGUGC